AUGAACGGAUUCCAAGCACUUCUGACGUUCUUCUGCAUUCUCGUGACCGCGGACAGUGAUCUACUCGAUAAGUACACGCGCGUCCCCGGAAACGUAUACCAUGGUAGGUACACGAGAGACGUCCACGAGCCGCAGUUCCUGAUACCGAGACGGGUGCACGAGGAUGGUAGGUUCGACACGUACCGUCUGCCGAAAUUCUACGACCAGCGGGAGACGAACGAGCGCGGAAAGAGGUCGACCGAGGAGGAGAGGGACCCCGAGGCUAAUAAAUUACACCUGGUGCUGGCUUUCAACGGGAUCGAGCACCACGUGGAGCUGAACCCGUACCACGAAUUCAUCUCUCCUGACAUGGUGAUCGAAACGCGAGGCUCCGGUUUCAGGAGCAACCUGAACGAGGCAGUGCGAUUCAAGAGAGCCCCUGAUCGACAGUGCCAUUAUCGGGGCUUCGUUAGGGGCCACCACGCGUCCAAGGCUGCCCUGUCUUUGUGCGACGGCGUGGCCGGUUACGUGCAAACCAAUCACGGUCGGUACUUCAUCGAGCCGGUGUACGAAGCCGAUGCGGAGCCGGAUGGCCAACACGUUCACAUCGCCUACAAACGAGACGCCCCGCACGAAAACGACGCCAAACACGACGACCCCUCCAAGUGGCAUUGCGGGACCAGCGAUAACUGGGAGGCCGCGUGGGCGGAACAGUUGGCCAAACGACAGAAGCAGCUAAUGCAGGAUAAUUCCGUGGAUGCGAAACGAGAGUCGGUCGCUUCUCAAACUCACAGUAUACAUCGGUACAUAGAGAUUGGAUUGGUCGCGGACAGGAGGUUUCUCGACUUCCACAACAACACCAACUACGAACAAUAUCUGUUGACGAUCAUGAACAUGGUGUCGGACUUUUAUCACGACAGCUCCAGCGGCAAUCAAAUAGACGUUGUCGUCGUUCGCAUGAUAUAUUUAGAAAAGGAGAAGGAAGAGAUAGAUUUGAUGAUUAGUCCCGCAGCGGAAGAGACGUUGGACAGUUUCGCCGCGUGGUCGAAUAAAAUGAACCCGCCGGAUCCCACUCACCCCAAUCAUUACGACAUAGGUGUUCUCGUAACCAGAUACGACAUUUGUUCGGAAGGGACGAACUGUAACUUGAUGGGUUUGGCGUUCGUGGGAACCGCCUGUAAUCCCGAGAAGGCAGCCUCUAUCAACGAAGACAGCGGGCUGCUGCUUGGAAUCGUAAUUGCCCACGAAGUUGGUCACGUGAUGGGUUGCUCGCACGAUCAGGAAGACAUCAGCGGAUGUCCCCCGCAAGACAAGGACGGAAGUUACUUCGUGAUGUCGCCUAUCGUCUUCAUUUACACGGUCCGAUGGUCCAAGUGCAGCAGAAAGUUUAUAACGACGUUACUCGAGUCCGGCCUGGGCGAGUGUUUGAACGACGACCCGAAAAACCCACCGGAGAAAUUCAAGUACCCGAACAUGUUGCCCGGUGCAAUGUAUGGCGCGGAAUUUCAGUGCGAUAUGAUGAUCCCUGGAUCGGUGGUGUGUCCAAAGUCGCCGGAUUGCAGCCUUCUGUGGUGCCAGUCCAAUUCGAGUUGUUUCUCCCGCGGGAGUCCCAUGGCCGACGGAACGAAAUGCGGCGAGAACAAGUGGUGCAUCCACAAGGAAUGCGUGGAUAUAGGGACUCGACCAAAGGCGGUUAAUGGCGGUUGGGGUGCAUGGGGCCCCAUGUCGAGUUGCAGCAGAACCUGCGGGGGUGGGAUCAAAACCGCCGAGAGGGAAUGCGACCAUCCGGUCCCAUCCAACGGAGGCAGAUAUUGCAUCGGCAUGAGGAAGAAGAUUGCCAUUUGCAACAUCCAAUCCUGCGAUAUUGCAAAGCCAUCGUUCCGUGCGGUACAAUGCGCGAAAUGGAACAACGAACAGGUUUUGAGCGACGGGAUCCAUCAAUGGUUUGUUUACAUCAAUCCGAAGGUUGAUCCCUGCGAGUUGUACUGCAUCAACGAGCAGCACAGCUACGUUAAAAUCUCGUCGGUAGUAAAUGAUUCGACACCCUGCACUCCUGGAACGAAUAACAUGUGCAUCGGGGGCACAUGCAAGAAAGUUGGUUGCGAUUGGCAGCUGGAUUCCAACGCUAUCGAAGACAAAUGUGGCAUUUGCAAGGGCGACGGUACGAAGUGUAAGAGGAUAGAGGGUCUCUUCGAUACAAUAAACGUGGACGAGCGAUAUUGGAAGGUAGUGACGAUUCCUAAGGGUGCACGCAGCAUUCACGUGUCGGAGAACAAGCCAUGCAAGAAUAACUUGGCAGUGAGACUCGAGAAAGAUAAAACCUACUGUUUAAACGCGAACAUGACCGAAGAACGAAGCGGCGAUUACCCAUGCGCGAAAGCUCUCAUUAUUUAUUUGCACCCCCAGCCGUCGCAAGAGCAAAUCGAAAUAAAAGGACCGAUAGACGAGGACAUUCGAAUAGAAUACGUGUUCCAUCGAGUGAUGGAAAACCCUGGUGUACGAUAUUCGUAUUCCAUAAUGACGACCGAUACGACGUACACCCCGAAAUACAUAUGGGAUUUUAUAGAGUGGUCCGAGUGCAGCGCGAAAUGUGACGGCGGUACAAUGAUUUCCGAACCAUCGUGUCUCGAAGAGCAUGGUGGAAAAGUUAGUCCAAGCUUCUGUCAGGGUACACAACGCCCGGAAUCGAAAAGCCGCAACUGUAAUACGACGCCAUGUCCAGCCAAGUGGCGAGUGAGUCAAUGGAGCAAAUGCAGCGCUUGCGACGGUAAAAAGGGAUUUAAGCAUCGGAAAGUGCAGUGCGUGAGGCCAGCUGCUCGUUCCGGCGAAGACGACGUCCAAGCAAAUUUGGACGCGUGCAAAGGUCGCGUGCCCAAGCAAAAAGAAGAAUGCGUUGGGAAGAGGCCGUGCAGGAAGAGCUGCCCAAAAAAGGCCCGGAACGCGAACGGAGAGCUGGGGGUCGCGAAAGAAAAGCAGUCGAUGCCGGCGGAGGACCGGGCGAAGAGGAUCGACGCGUUCGUGGAUCUGAGCAUGGCGCGGUACUUGGAGAAGGUAUCGCGCGAGGCCGACGCGCCGGACUUCCGGCAGCUUCUUCGCGACUGGUCGGUCGUUCAGGAGGAGAAGACGAAACGCAACACCUGCGUUUCGGAGAGAAAUUUCACCACGCCGAAGCCUGGAUCGAUCGUCAAGGACUCGGUGCCGGUCGAGAAUGUCGUUCUGAUCGAGGCUCCAUACAUGGAGGAGAACCUUCAAUCGAAUUUGUCGGACAAGGCGUACCGGGAAACGGGCGACCUUGUCGGCAUGAGUAUCGACACCACUCGCGAAAAGGUUUACAAGGGACUGCAAGCCAUCCAGAAAAUCGAAAAGCUCACCUUUCCGAACGGGACGCCUCCGCCAUAUUCCCCCCCACGGAACUCGACUUACGAUCGUUUGGCGAGGAUCGUGGACGACGCGGACCAGUGA